UCAUUCCCUAUUUAUUCUCCAUGUUCUCAGUCCGUUGCCAGUUCGUCGUUGUUACUCGUCCUGUGUGAACCUCUUUAGGUCAUCCCAUAAUUUCAAGUCCUGUCCUGUCCUGCCGUGUCCAGGCCGCUCUACCUCGCCAGCCGUGCCGGUGAAUCCUGCAUUUUCUCAUUGGGUAUAGUUUUUGUUUGUUUUUUGUUUUGUUUUAUCAAUUACUAAAGCAAAUAAUACUUUGCAUUUGAGUCCUCUCUACAUCCUUACCCACAAACCUGACACAAACAGACUGAGGACGAAAGCAGAGAAGAAAGCAUCUGAAAAAAAAAACGCUUAUAGGACCAUGAGACUUUACAUCCUUUUCAGUUUUCUGCUUUUGGCUGUGAUUUGCAGCUCUUGUGUUGAUGCUAGCCGAGGGAAAUUUGGCCGCCUCUGCAGUAACCCAAGUAACCGUAUAAGAGGAUGUGAUAGAAAGGGCUGUGGACACUAUGGAGCCAGUCGUGGGAAUCGGAAACAUUUGGGUCUUGACAUUGUGUGUGCUGAUGGAGACACAGUUUAUGCUCCAUUUGAUGUGAAGCUGAAUGGCAGAUCUAGGCCAUACUCAAAGAACAAUGCUAUCAAUGAUGGCAUUAACUUGAGUGGGCAAGGUCUCUGCUUCAAGAUGUUCUACGUUAAGCCGGACCGUUACACCGGGACCCUGAAGAAAGGGCAGAGGAUCGGACGUAUGCUCCGAAUGCAGAGCGUUUAUCCUGGCAUCACUUCCCAUGUUCACGUUCAAAUGUGUGACUUAUCAAAUCCCACCAAGUACUUCUGAUGGU